UCAGUGCCACAGAACACAUAUACCCAAGGCUCAGUGCUUCCUCAAUCCUGUUACAAGAAACAACAAUACACUCCAAUUAUUUACAUAAAAAUAGUGUAAAAUCUCAAUUCACGGAAUUCUAUAGAUCUAAUCGAAUAUGAACUUAGAGUUAUUGGAGUCAUUUGGACAAAAUUAUCCCGAGGAAUUUGAUGGUACACUUGAUUCAAUUUCACUAGCUGCAACAUGCGCCUUUAAUCGAAGGGGUACUCUCUUGGCUGUAGGAUGCAAUGAUGGUAGAAUAUUUAUAUGGGAUUUCCUAACACGAGGAAUCGCUAAAUCAAUAUCAGCUCAUGUAUAUCCUGUCUGUAGUCUAAGUUGGUCUAGAAAUUGUAAAAAGCUCCUAUCAGCAUCAACAGAUCACAAUGUAUGUAUAUGGGAUGUCCUAUCUGGUGAAUGUGAGCAGAGGUACAGAUUUCCAACACCCAUCCUCAGGGUUCAAUUUGAUCCUAGAAAUGAUAGGCGCUUCCUUGUAUGCCCAAUGAGGCACGCAGCCCUGCUUGUGGAUACAGAAGGAGAACAUAAAAUACUGCCAAUAGAUGAGGAUGGUGAUAUAAAUGUAAUAGCCUCUUUUGAUAGGAGAGGAGAUCAUGUAUACACUGGAAAUGCAAAAGGAAAAAUACUCAUUUUGGACACUCAAUCAUUGGCCGUCAUAGCUAGUUUUAAAAUUACUGUUGGCACAUCCAGUACUACUAGUAUUAAAAGCAUAGAAUUUGCUAGAAGAGGAAACUGUUUCUUAGUAAAUACAUCAGAUAGAGUAAUAAGAGUUUAUGACACAAAGACUGUUCUGAAAUGUGGAAUAAAUGGUGAACCAGAACCCAUUCAAAAAUUACAGGAUCUAGUCAAUAAAACGACAUGGAAAAAGUGUUGCUUCUCCGGUGACGGCGAAUAUAUAUGCGCUGGUUCGGCGCGACAGCACGCGCUCUACAUCUGGGAGAAGUCUAUCGGGAACAUAGUGAAGAUCCUGCACGGCACCAAGGGGGAACUGCUGUUGGAUGUGGUCUGGCAUCCUAUAAGGCCCAUCAUAGCUAGCAUUAGUGCUGGCGUGGUGUCGAUCUGGGCGCAGAACCAAGUGGAGAACUGGUCGGCGUUCGCGCCCGACUUCAAGGAGUUGGACGAGAAUGUAGAAUACGAGGAGCGGGAGAGCGAGUUCGAUGUCGAGGAUGAAGACCGGUCCGUCGACCAGUCGGGAGACACGCAGCUCGACGAGGAGGUCGAUGUGGACGUAACGACAUGCGAGGCGGUGGCGGCUUUCUGUAGCUCAGACGAAGAGGGAGAGGACGAGAAUGUUCUCUCUUUCCUGCCCAUCGCGCCCGAGAUUGAGGACCCUGAGGAUGGGUGGGCGGCGACGCAGGAGACAGUGACGCCCACAGAGACGCCCGAGAAGCUGGAGCCCGCCUCCAAGCGGCCCAAGACCAAGAGCUACGACAUAUCGCUCAAGAUCGCACCACCCGAACAACCGUUAUCGUUUGGUGGGAAAAACAAACAAGCAGCCGGCAAUAAAAAAGUUGCGGGUAGACCUAGGAAAUAAAGUUCAUUUUGCUAUAAAUAUUU